AUGGCAGCGGGAGGGAACAACAACAGCUUUCCUCCCUUUGGCUCCAUCAGCCCCGAGUCGGCAAAGGGCGGCAGCCUGAUCAAGAAUCGCAAGGGCGAGCUCGAUGCCAACACGCCCCUCGAGGAGCUCCAGGGCGAGAUCUUUGCCCUGUGCAAGGACCAGCACGGCUGCCGCUACCUCCAAAAGAAGCUCGAGGAGGGCGUGCCCUCGUACCGCGACAUGAUCUUUGCCGAGACGUUUAGCCACUUUGCCGAGCUCAUGACCGAUCCCUUUGGCAACUAUCUCUGCCAGAAGAUGCUCGAGUACUGCACCGACGAGCAGCGCAACCUCAUCGUCGAGUCUGUCGCUCCCGAGCUCGUGACAAUCUCGCUCAACAUGCACGGCACGAGGGCGGUGCAGAAGACCAUCGACUUUCUCUCGACGCCCCGUCAGAUUUCGUCGAUUAUCGUCGCGCUGAGCAUGAGCGUUGUGACGCUCAUCAAGGACCUCAACGGCAACCACGUCAUACAAAAGUGUCUCAACCGGCUCAGCUCCGAUGACAACCAGUUCAUCUACAACGCCGUCGCUGCCCACUGCGUCGAGGUGGCCACUCAUCGCCAUGGAUGCUGCGUCCUGCAGCGCUGUGUCGACCACGCCUCGGACAGCCAGAGGAUCCAACUCGUGUCGGAGAUCACCUACAAUGCCCUGACGCUUGUCCAGGACCCCUUUGGCAACUACGUCGUCCAGUACAUUCUCGAUCUCAACGACCCACGCUUCAGCGAUGCCGUCAUUCGCCAGUUUGUCGGCAACGUCUGCCUGCUGUCGGUGCAAAAGUUCAGCUCAAACGUGAUUGAAAAGUGCAUCCGCGUUUCCGACGUCAAGCUGCGCAAGUCGCUCAUCGACGAGCUCCUCAACCGGACCCGCCUCGAGAAGCUGCUGCGCGAUUCGUUUGCCAACUACGUGGUUCAGACGAGUCUUGACUAUGCGGAGCCGAUGCAGCGCAUGCAGCUCGUCGAAUGCAUCAGGCCCAUUCUGCCCAUGAUCCGCAACACGCCGUACGGCAAGCGCAUUCAGAGCAAGCUCCAG